CGCGCUAUAGUGCAGCUGAGCUCCUGGUCCCGUCGCGGCUCGCUGCUGCUUUAAUGCUUCAGACAAACACCCACGCACCGGAGGAAAAUGUUCAUGUCGCCGGGUGAGGCGGGCUGCCAGACGACCUACAGCUCCACCGGCAUUUCCAGCGCGAGUUCGACCCACUCGUCCUACCUGUCUCCGGGCCCGGUGUAUGUGCCUACGACCAGGCCUGGGUUCGGAGGGUCGUCCGUGAACAGCGUCUCCAGUCAUCACCACCACUACCCCCAAAACCACCACCAUGCCUCGUUCCUGCCACAGCACAAUGCAGAAUCCAGCCAGCAGGUCGCAUCUGCCCUUCAGCAAAUUCACAUUGAUAAAAUUGGUUGGAAUCCGAGCGGGCAGGAAUGCCAGCCUCUGGGAUCUGGCCCAUCGACGUCGAUCCAGACGGGCGGCGGCGCCUACUCGAACCCGUACUACGCGUCGAUGAGCGCGAUGGCGGUGGCGGCCGGCUGGCGAUACGACCCGGCCAACUUCGCGGUCAGCACCUACGAGCAGAUCGAGUAUCCGUUCGGCGAGGGCCGCGAGUGCGUCAACUGCGGCGCCAUCUCGACGCCGCUGUGGCGCCGCGACGGCACCGGCCACUAUUUGUGCAACGCGUGCGGGCUGUACCACAAGAUGAACGGCAUGAACCGGCCGCUGGUGAAGCCGUCCAAGCGGCUGACGGCCACGCGGCGCAUGGGCCUCAGCUGCACCAACUGCGGCACCAGGACCACCACCCUUUGGCGCCGCAACAACGAGGGCGAGCCCGUCUGCAACGCGUGCGGCCUCUACUACAAGCUGCACGGCAUCCGCAGGCCCCUCAACAUGCGCAAGGACGGCAUCCAGACGCGAAAGCGCAAACCAAAGAACUCGGCGCUCACCGGACAGCAGCACUUCGCGCAGGACAAAAGCAAAUGCCGCGACGACGAAAAAUCCGCCGCAGCCGCCGCCUCCACCACCUCGUUGUCUGUCGGGAAGCCUCCGCUGAGCGGCAGCAUUAAGAGCGAGCCGCACGACUCGGGCUACAGCCAGAGCAGCUCGCACCACAAAGCAGGCGGCCACCAGGAGCUGGCCUUCCACCACCCCCACCCCCACCACCACCUCUACUCCCUCAACUCGGCUCCAAACUACACCAUGAGCAAAGUCAUGGCCAACAGCUAGACAUAUUUAAUAUACAUUUUUGUGAUUGAAAACCAAGCCUGCAGAGUGUGAAGAAGGAUUUUUAUUUUAUAAUUUAUGAUCAAAGUAUAUGACAUAUUUAGUUGUUUUACCAAGGGUUGGGAAUCGAGACUGAUCUUGUCGCUGCUCCCAAAACAAUUUUAUAAAACUGUUUUACAUCACAAGAGCAGCUUUUUAACAAAGAGAGCGCACCUGUUAAUCCGAAAAAAAAAAUUUCUACAGGGGAUCUUGUCAAAUUUGGAAAAAAUUGAAAUGUUUCAACUCGUGCUGGAGUAAAAAAUCAUGCGAAAUGCACCAUCAAGUGCUGUAAAAGCUACAGAUAGGUUACGUUGAGCUGAUAAAAACGUGAAAUCGGCUUUAAAUUUGAUUUUAUGGGGUGGAAAACAUAGGGAACGACACCAAUGACGGUCAAUAAGUUCAGUGAAAUUUAAUAACUAACUGGGGGGUGAAGGUUGAUUUAAACCCCCUUUCAAAUGUUGUUUCUUACAUAACUGUCUCAAUACUUAAUGGAUGUGUGCUGAUUUGGGGAAGAGUUGCCCUGUCAGCCCAUAAUAAACUUAAUUUUGAAACUAAAAUCUCAUGUUAUUCGGCAAAUAUGACCGAAAAAUACGCGAAACAGUGUAAAUGACAUUAAUAGUCCAAUUUUGGGGCAAAAAACGUGGAUUUUUAAAAUUCAAAUUCGAAUUCUUAAAAAACACGGAAAAUCUAUGUCGCCCCAUCGUUGUAUAUAUUUUUUUCUCAUUAAAUGAGGCACCUAUUGCCUAUAUCUAAAAAAAUCCCUUCGAUAUGCAAAAGUUUCUUGAAGUCUUAGGUCGAAUUUUAGGGACCUUGUAAAUUAUUAUUUAUCAAAUUAUCUUUACUCUAAACCCUCGUAACCUGAAAAA